UUCUCUUUUGGAAGAGAUGGUCCUGGUCAUGAAACUUCUGUUCCUCACCUGCCUCUGGCCGACAGCAGUGCUGCACAGUUCUCACAGUCAGCAUCACCGUCUUCAUCAUCGGCAACAAAUGUCAUUCUCAAGAAGACAUAACAGCAAACGAGAAAUUAAAAUGAGGAAACUUGACAGCACAAAGGUCCGACCACUGAAAACUGAGCAGCUUCUUCACAUAGAGGACCAUGACUUUGCACUGAGACCUGGAUUUGGAGGGUCACCAAUACCUGUGGGCAUUGAUGUGCAGGUGGAAAGCAUUGACAGCAUAUCUGAAGUUGACAUGGACUUCACAAUGACUUUGUAUCUCAGACAUUACUGGAAGGAUGAGAGACUCUCAUUCCAGAGCAACAAAAACAAAAGCAUGACUUUUGAUGGACGGCUGAUAAAAAAGAUCUGGGUACCUGAUGUGUUUUUUGUGCACUCCAAAAGAUCUUUCAUCCAUGAUACAACUGUGGAAAACAUCAUGCUCAGAGUGUACCCUGAUGGCAACGUUCUCUUCAGUCUGAGAAUAACAGUUUCUGCCAUGUGCUUCAUGGAUUUCAGUAGGUUUCCUCUGGACACACAGAACUGCUCUUUAGAACUGGAAAGCUAUGCAUACAAUGAAGAUGAUCUCAUGUUGUACUGGAAACAUGGCAACAAGUCCCUGAGCACAGAUGAGCACAUCUCCCUCUCCCAGUUCUUCAUUGAGGAAUUCAGUGCUUCCAGUGGACUUGCUUUUUACAGCAGUACUGGUUGGUACAAUCGGCUUUUUAUCAACUUUGCACUCCGCAGACAUAUUUUCUUUUUUGUGCUACAAUCCUAUUUCCCAGCCAUGCUGAUGGUCAUGCUGUCUUGGGUUUCCUUUUGGAUUGAUAGAAGAGCUGUUCCUGCCAGAGUGUCAUUAGGUAUAACUACAGUGCUGACAAUGUCGACCAUCAUGACAGGAGUAAGUGCCUCAAUGCCUCAAGUGUCUUACAUAAAGGCUGUGGAUGUGUAUUUAUGGAUCAGCUUCCUUUUUGUCUUCCUGUCAGUCAUCGAGUAUGCAGCAGUGAACUAUCUCACCACAAUUGAAGAGAGAAAGCAACUCAAAAAAAGGGGCAAGGCUUCAGGGAUGUACAGCAUGGACGCAGUGCAAGCGAUGGCUUUUGAUGGCUGCUUCCAUGACACGGAUGUGGACAUGGACCUGACUCCCUUCCCAGAGCCCUGUGAGGAGAAUGAGACCAGGACAAGUCAAACCAACGUCUCCAAUGCAGACACACCUCGCCUGAAGAGGAAGAGAUCUCUGAAGGGAAACGUGGGCAGGAUUAUUUUACAGAACAAUCAUGUUAUUGACACGUAUUCCAGGAUUAUAUUUCCCAGUGUAUAUAUUGUGUUCAACUUUUUUUACUGGGGUUUGUACAUAUGAACUAAAAUGCUUAUAAAUGAGCCAUUAUUCAUACUUCAAAAAUAAUGCAGCAGCAGUAGAGGAAAAGGUUAAGAUUUUCCAAAAGAGACUUCAGCAUCAAACCUGAGCUGGUCUGGUCAGCAGCAAAACUCUGCAUGAAGUACUCUCACAUGUCUGGGUUCUUUUCCAAGGGGACUGUGCAGAUCCCAUGCACAGACUCCACUGCAGCAGCACAGGAGCUGUGUGCUCACUAAGGGAGCCCCUUGAACAGAGAGCAGCUCCCUGUACCUGAGGUACUGCCCUGUCUCUGCUCUCCAGCCCUUCCUCUCCAUCCUCUCUGUUCUUUACCUGUGCUCCAUUUUGGUUGGCAAUCAGUACCAACAGCUUUGGGAUAGCCUUGGGAUGGCUCCUGUCUUUGUUUCACUUCCUGCACUUCAGUUUUCCUGGGCAGCCCCUGUGCACCUCAGCAGCCUCUGCCCUUGGAUGGGAACCAGGGGCAGAAUUGUGGUUUAGCAGUGCAGUAGGGACCAGCAGGAAGCCAGGCUGAAGGGGCUUUGUAGAUUGUGCAUCAACAGCCUCAGGAAAACCUUUCACCCUUGUCAGCUGUGACUCUCCAUGGGACCUCUGUUUUGAAGAAUCUGGCUCACCAGUCCCUGAGGCAGCACAGGAACAACAUCCCAAACCAUGCUCAGCCACUUCCCAGGUGGAUGAGCAGCAUCCCCAGCAGGAGCUGUGUCCUUCAUGUGUCACCCACACACCUCUGCCUCACCUUGACCUGCUGUAAUCCUUUGAUUCCUGCAGAACCCUUUGGUUUAGAAACACAGGCUUGGAGACAGAUUUUAGACAACUGUGUCAAGAGGACAAACCAACCACGCCUUUGGUUCUGCUGCUUUAUGUUGCACGUGACCGUGGGGUUUUGCCUCCCUCCCUCUCCCUUUGGCUUUUGAGAUUGAAUGUUCCAGAGGAGAAGCUGCAUCUGCCCCUUGCAGCAGUGAUCCCCAGCACAGUUCCAGGAAAUAAAAGGAAACAGCUGUGCCAAAACAGACACACAUACAGGAAACCUGUCAGUCUCAGAUGAAUCCUGCAUGGAAAUAUCCUUAGGUUCAGGUUCAGGCUAAGGAGGCUGAAUUAAGGAUGUUCAGGGAUAAACUCAGAAAGUUUUCAAAGUUCCAGAAAAGAAUCAAGAUUACUUUUGUAACUUUCCCAAAUAAGGAGCAUUUUCCACUAAAUUCCUUGGGUUCAUCUGUCAUUUAAUUUGGUGAGUUUGUAUUUACAAAGUCAGUUCAAAAUGAUC